AUGCCGGCCUUCGGUCGCAUUGGAAAGCACCACAACCGCUCGCAGCAAGCACUUGUCGAGCCGGUCGUAGGUGCCCCUUCAGCAAACCCGAAUUCUUCACUUGCGUCUGCAUCUGCACCUGCGCCGCCUGGUUCUGGUCCUGGUCCUUCCUCUGGUCACCCUCACAUUAACGCUCACGGCCAUAUCCCCUCUCAAUCUCAAUCUCACUCUCAUACUCUUUCUCACUCGUUGGCUCCCGCGCCUGCGCCCGCCUCCUCGACCUCAACCGCGACCACUCCCACCAGUGCCGUCGGCGCUAACAAUCCAAUUACCCCCCUUUCAGCCUCGUCGACCGCCUUCAGCUCAAGUGAAUCCUUUGACACUCACAACCAGCAGUUGCAGCAACACCAUCAUCAACAACAACUGCAACAGCUCCAGCAUCAGCAACUACAAGGGCAGCAAGGACCUCCUCCACCGCCCCACGAUUAUCCUGCUUCUGCCUCAGCCGCCGCAGCUGCUGCCUCACGCAACUCUCUCCUCUUGCAGCAGCACAACCCACUCGUCACUGAUUCGCGCCAGAGGGGUCAAGGUCAGCAGGAAUUCGCCGACUCCGUCUCCCGCUCCCAAUCCCAGCGCUACACGCCGGCCGUUGCCCCUUACCCCAACACCCAGUACGGCGCAGCCUCCAGCUCCGUCGACAACCUCAGAGCUGCAUCCCUAAUCAACACUUCUCCCGCGCCCGGUCAGACUCAGGCAACAUCUCCCGCUCCUCAACCUGCACCCGCUCCCGAAAAACGUUCUGCCCGGAGGUUGCUAAAAAAUAUCCUGAGCGGAGCCGGCCGAGAUCAUCACAACACUCCCCCUCCUGCUCCUCCCUCCCAGCCUACCCCGCCAGGCUCCUACGAUAAUACUGGUGGCCUUGCUCGCCGACCGUCCAAGAGAGUGAGCAAACCACCACCCGCAAGAACUGCCUUGUCCCAGCAGCCUUCCCAGCUGUCACUGGAUCAACAAUCUACCGACUGGCCUCUUCAGGCCCCUCAUCAGCAACCCUCCCCGCUUCAAGGCGUCGGCGAGAUCGAGGAACAACAACGCUUUGCACAAGAUCCUAACAGAGACCACCGUCUGCAGACUCCCGAUUCUCACCGCAACUCGAUUCGCUACGUACCCAGCGAUCUGGAUAAUACCCCCUACGAAGACCCUGCAUAUCACCAGCAGCAGCAACAGCAGCUGCACGCUUUGGAACAAAACCACCUCGCUCAGCAGGCUGCUUACGACCCCUCUCAGCAGCAACACUAUCAGCAACAGUUCUCCCAACAGCAGCGUGGGCAGUAUCAAGCCGGACCGUCUCCCAUUUACACUGGCCACCUGGGUACCGGUUCUCACCAAAACCCCGAGACCGUUUCUCAGCUGUCGCAUGAAUCACCCGUCACUGAUUCAGACGCUCGCUCGGCAAACGUCCAAUCCGCACAAACCUCCCCCGCAGUGAAGUACGCCGUACAAACCACCGACAACCCGCUACCUCCUACGAUUCCUCCUGCACAAGGAACAAGCCAAGCCCAACAGCAAAAUAUGGCUCCCCCUGCUGGAGGUCCGCCUCCCCGAUCGGAAAGGCGACCGCAAGCAGAGACGGAGAAGGCGCUGCGAAGCCAGGUCGAUGCGCCCGCCGGACCGCCUCCCGGCUAUCGACAGGGUCAAAACAUGCCUCCUGCCGCUGCUGGUGGCAAUCCUACGGGCUACCGCACUAGCAGUGCGCAAGAUGGACGCCAGUUCGAGGGAGCAGCGGGAGAGCAAGGUCGCAACAGCCCUCAACCAUCCAAUCCCGACCGGGACGGCAACGAUCCUGACAAGUUCAAGGAGCUACUGACCAAGUACAAGAACGUUAAGCGUCUAUACUUCGAUGGCAAGACCCAGAUCGACAAUCUGAACUCCCAGAUCGAGCAGCUUCAGAACGCCGUGGCGAACCAGCGAAUGUCACAGUCACGUACCGCCCUCGACGACAGCGAGUACAUCACCAGGUUCAACCGCCUGAAUGGCGCCAUUAACAACCUUUCCUUCAAUAUUCGCAAAGACUGGCGGACAGUGCCACAGUGGCUGGACAUGUAUGUCAGCAUUGACGCUCUGAAGACAGGAAAGCAGGAGAUGACGGCAGUCGGCCGUGCUGUAAUCACGAGAUGGAUCGUAGAAGAGAUCUUCAACAAGUGCUUCCACCCAGGCCUCAACUUCGACCUCAGCCGUCAGCUGAAGGAGAUAGAGCUCAACAUUCGACGGUUCUCGUAUACGAUGAACAGCCAAGAAGAGUUCGACGCCUUGACGAACAAGGUCGUCAGCUGGAGGAUGGCGACCUUGGAGGGUCUUCAGAUGAUCCUCAACUCGCCAGAGAGCGCAGACAACAGAGCAGACUUCACGCGCAUGUGCACGACAAACCUGACGGCAACACUGUUCCAGUACAUGACAGACCCGCCGCCUGCUGGUGUCGACGGCAGUGCGUCGAUGAUUGUGGAGUUGGCAGUAGGCAUCGCGGCCAACCUGCCUCUCGAGAGUAGAGACGUGGCAAUCAACUACCCCCUGCCCGGAGACCAGAUCAACCCCAACAUUAUGGAGGUAGAAAAGGCGCCCCUGCCCCCCCUGGAGUCGCAGAAGGAAGGCGAGGGAGAGGCUGUCGAGGAGUCCGACAAGGACAAGAAUGGCAAGGACCGGCGGGCGGAUAAGACCAGAAGCGGUAUGUUCACAACCAUACUCGGUGGCGGACCGCCUCGCAAGGGCAGCAACGCGUCGUCGAUUGUGCCCACCAGUACUGAUGCAGCCCCCCCUUCAGCGCUUCCACCCAAAGACAACAACAAGGUGCGGCUUGCCGGCUUCCCUGCAGUUGAAGUUCGCGGUCGCCAGGUGUUGGUGAAGGCGCCCGUCUGGACGCUUUAA